CAUAGUUGCUAGAAGCCCUUUCUUUUUCGUUUUUUUUUUCUUUUUCUUUUUCUUUUUCUUUUUCCUUUUCCUGCUUCCUCCUAAGCUCUGGUACUUUGGGUAAUUGCCUUGGACUUGGGUGCCUUAUCGAUUUCCCCCUCCAAGAUGCUGUAUCAUUUGGUUGGGGGGAGCUCUGCGUGGUAAUGCACUGUGAGAGAGGCCAGGCCUUCUGGAGGUGAGCCGAUGGAGAUUUAUUCCCCAGACAUGUCUGAGGUAGCUGGCGGGAGGUCCUCCAGCCCCUCCACUCAGCUGAGUGCAGCCCCAUCUCUUGAUGGGCUUCCGGCAGCGGAGGAACAUAUACCAGACACCCACACAGAAGAUGAGAGAAGCCCUGGACUCCUGGGCCUGGCGGUGCCCUGCUGUGUGUGCCUGGAAGCUGAGCGCCUGAGAGGGUGUCUCAACUCCGAGAAGAUCUGCAUUGUUCCCAUUCUGGCUUGCCUAGUCAGCCUCUGCCUCUGCAUUGCUGGCCUGAAGUGGGUAUUUGUGGACAAGAUAUUUGAAUACGACUCUCCUACCCACCUUGACCCUGGGGGGUUAGGCCAGGACCCUGUGAUUUCUCUGGAUCCAACUGCUGCCCCAGCCAUUUUGGUAUCAUCUGAGGCAUACACUUCACCUGUCUCUAAGGCUCAGUCUGAAGCUGGGGCUCAUGUUACAGUACAAGGUGACCAUGCUGCUGUGGCCUCUGAACCUUCAGCAGUACCGACCCGGAAGAACCGGCUGUCUGCUUUUCCUCCCUUUCACUCUACUGCACCGCCCUUCCCUUCUCCAGCUCGGACCCCUGAGGUGAGAACACCCAAGUCAGGAACUCAGCCACAAACAACAGAAACUAACCUGCAAACUGCUCCUAAACUUUCCACAUCGACAUCCACGACUGGGACCAGCCAUCUCAUAAAGUGCGCGGAGAAGGAGAAAACUUUCUGUGUGAAUGGGGGCGAGUGCUUCACGGUGAAGGACCUGUCAAACCCGUCAAGAUACUUGUGCAAGUGCCCAAAUGAGUUUACUGGUGAUCGUUGCCAAAACUACGUAAUGGCCAGCUUCUACAUGACUUCUAGGAGGAAAAGGCAAGAAACAGAGAAGCCUCUAGAAAGAAAAUUGGAUCAUAGCCUUGUGAAAGAAUCGAAGCAUCUUGGGAUUGAAUUUAUGGAAGCGGAGGAACUCUACCAGAAGAGGGUGCUGACAAUUACUGGCAUCUGUAUCGCCCUGCUGGUGGUCGGCAUCAUGUGUGUGGUGGCCUACUGCAAAACCAAGAAGCAGCGGCAGAAGCUUCAUGAUCGGCUUCGGCAGAGUCUUCGGUCAGAACGGAGCAACCUGGUGAACAUAGCGAAUGGGCCUCACCACCCAAACCCACCGCCAGAGAACGUGCAGCUGGUGAAUCAAUACGUAUCUAAAAACGUCAUCUCCAGUGAGCAUAUUGUUGAGAGAGAAGUGGAGACUUCCUUUUCCACCAGUCAUUACACUUCCACAGCCCAUCACUCCACGACUGUCACCCAGACUCCUAGUCACAGCUGGAGUAAUGGGCACACGGAGAGCAUCAUUUCAGAAAGCAACUCCGUAAUCAUGAUGUCUUCGGUAGAGAACAGCAGGCACAGCAGUCCCGCCGGGGGCCCACGAGGACGUCUUCAUGGCCUGGGAGGCCCUCGUGAUAACAGCUUCCUCAGGCAUGCCAGAGAAACCCCUGACUCCUACAGAGACUCUCCUCAUAGCGAAAGGUAUGUAUCAGCCAUGACCACCCCGGCUCGUAUGUCACCUGUAGAUUUCCACACGCCAAGCUCCCCUAAAUCGCCCCCUUCGGAAAUGUCUCCACCCGUGUCCAGCAUGACGGUGUCAAUGCCCUCUGUGGCAGUCAGCCCCUUUGUGGAAGAAGAGAGGCCUCUGCUGCUUGUGACGCCACCAAGGCUACGGGAGAAGAAAUAUGAUCAUCACCCCCAGCAACUCAACUCCUUUCAUCACAACCCUGCACAUCAGAGUACCAGCCUCCCCCCUAGCCCACUGAGGAUAGUGGAGGAUGAGGAGUACGAGACGACCCAGGAGUAUGAGUCAGUUCAAGAGCCCGUUAAGAAAGUCACCAAUAGCCGGCGGGCCAAAAGAACCAAGCCCAAUGGCCACAUUGCCAAUAGGUUGGAAAUGGACAGCAACACAAGUUCUGUGAGCAGUAACUCAGAAAGUGAGACAGAAGACGAAAGAGUAGGUGAAGACACACCAUUCCUGGGCAUACAGAACCCCCUGGCAGCCAGCCUUGAGGUGGCCCCUGCCUUCCGUCUGGCUGAGAGCAGGACUAACCCAGCAGGCCGCUUCUCCACACAGGAGGAAUUACAGGCCAGGCUGUCUAGUGUAAUCGCUAACCAAGACCCUAUUGCUGUAUAAAACCUAAAUAAACACAUAGAUUCACCUGUAAAACUUUAUUUUAUAUAAUAAAGUAUUUCACCUUAAAUUAAACAAUUUAUUUUAUUUUAGCAGUUCUGCAAAUAGAAAACAGGAAGAAAAAAAACUUUUAUAAAUUAAAUAUAUGUAUGUAAAAAUGUGUUAUGUGCCAUAUGUAGCAAUUUUUUACAGUAUUUCAAAAACGAGAAAGAUAUCAAUGGUGCCUUUAUGUUCUGUUAUGUCGAGAGCAAGUUUUAUAAAGUUAUGGUGAUUUCUUUUUCACAGUAUUUCAGCAAAACCUCCCAUAUAUUCAGUUUCUGCUGGCUUUUUGUGCAUUGCAUUAUGAUGUUGACUGGAUGUAUGGUUUGCAAGGCUAGCAGCUAGCUCGCGCUCUCUCUCUCUCUCUCUCUGUCUCUGUCUCUCUCUCUCUCUCUCUCUCUCUCUCUCUCUCUCUCUCUCUCUCUCUCUCUCUCUCUCUGUGUCUGUCUCUCUCUCUGCUUCCCGUAGCUCCCAACCAGUACUGUCUUGGACUGGCACAUCCAUCCAAAUACCUUUCUACUUUGUAUGAAGUUUUCUUUGCUUUCCCAAUAUGAAAUGAGUUCUCUCUACUCUGUCAGCCAAAGGUUUGCUUCACUGGACUCUGAGAUAAUAGUAGACCCAGCAGCAUGCUACUAUUAUGUAUAGCAGGAAACUGCACCAAGUAAUGUCCAAUAAUAGGAAGAAAGUAAUACUGUGAUUUUAAAAAAAAAACAAACUAUAUUAUUAAUCAGAAGACAGCUUGCUCUUGGUAAAAGGAGCUACCAUUGACUCUAAUUUUGACUUUUUAGUUAUUGUUCUUGACAAAGAGUAACAGCUUCAAGUACAGCCUAGAAAAAAAAUGGGUUCUGGCUUGCUAUCAGGAUAAAUCUAUCGACGUAGAUAGAUUCAACUCAGUUUCACUUUCUGUCUUGGGGGAAAUGAUCCAGCCACUCAUAUGACGACCAACCAACCACAGCUGCUAAACGUGCAAUCCUUUCCGACAUAGUUUUUAACUGACUGGUUGUACCCUCUUCUUGGCUCCAGGAGAGGCACAUCGUGUCCUGAAGCCUCAGAUCCAAGAGGACACUCAGCCAUCUGCCCAACCAUUGUAUUGUACAAUGUGCCCGUGGUGCAUAGCGGUGACUUGGCCAUUGUAGGAAAAUGGUCCACUGGUAGAGUAUUUAGGAGUGAGUGUGUAGAAGUCAUGAGGGGAAAGCAGCUACACUACCCAGUUGACAUCUUAACUUGGUUUGGUUGGCCACUCCUCUCUCCCCAUUAUGUUUCUCUUGUGUUCAACACUACCUUGGUUAGGUCAUAACUAUGCAUGAAUUUUUUUUUUUUUUGGCCAGGAAUGGCCAAUGUGCAUGUGAUUUGUGAUUAGCAAGAACUUUCCAUAGUGGUGCCUCACUAGGGAAUGUCAAUAGCAUUGGGAAGAUUGCAGCUUUUCUUGCGGAAGUUUCCCCCACUCGUAUACCGAUCUCUCUCCAUAAAUAGCCUGUACCUUCUUCCUUUUCUCUUCUCUUAAGUAAUUUUCCCCAUACUGUCUCAAAAGCAGGACUAAGAUUGGUUCAAACUUUGUGUGUUCUCUUGUGACUAGAAAGCUAACGGACACUUAUAGAUAUUAACGUAUGAACAGCUGCUAAUCCAGAGAGAAAAAAGAAAAGUGGGGGGGGGCAGGGGAUAACCCCUCAGAACCUGUGUAUCCUCUGCCUGUUACUGUCAAUCAAGACCGGAGUUUCCUGUGUUUCUAAGCAGGCUCUUAGGAGUUAUAUUGCAAAAUGGGAAAUACUUGAACAGAGGCUUGGCAAAGUCAGUGGCAAUUUUUGAUUCUUGUUCCCAGUUGACCCAAAUCUAUUUUCUUUACUGAGCUUGGUUAUUAGUCAAGGGAAGUGAUAACACACAAGGAGGUCUUAGAAAAACACUACAGACUGGCCACAAGUCCAUGUGUUACACUCCUCCAUGUUUCUAAGAGAAGCUUGACGGUAGGCCCUUCAAGUUACUCAUAGUAUUUGAAGUCUCUUGUUUCUUGCCAUUGGUCACAGGGCAGUUCUCUGAGCUCGAAGCGAUUUUUCAUUUUUAGAACACACAGAGGAAUGAACGUCCACUGGUGGAAGCCUAAUGCUGACCUCCCAGUGUUGCAGAAAGUGGUCAACUUACCACAGGGAAGAAAAGUCAGCAAGCGUGAGGGAUAUUCUCUCAUUUGUUUAACGUUGCCUUCUAAGGCCCUGACUCACCCUACCAUUCAAUCAAGGAGUUUCUUUAUUGUUAUUUUAAAACUCUAAAAAUUCAGUUUCAAAUCUAUUAAUACCAGGGUAUUAAGAAAGUCCCUUCUAAAAAACAGACUCCUCUGAUUUAAAAAAAAUUUUUUUUUAAAAAUGCAACAUUUUACUAUCAUGAGAAGCUCUACAAUUUUCAAAUUGCAAAUAUAUGUGAUUUUUUUUUCUUCUGUGCUUUGUCUGGUAAUCUCCACUUGAGUUGAGAAAGCCUUUUCCCCAAGAGAACAAAGCUUUCCUUGAGGAGAACAGCCACAUGGCUGAUCUGAUCGGGGCUACUGGUCUGGUCUGGUCUGCAUUUCUAUGUCUAGGAAUGCCUCUCUAAUGUUUCACUGCCAGGUCUCUCUCAAGCAUCCCAUUUAUGAAUCCAGGCAGAGCUGUAGCAGGGCAAAGGAAUGCAUGCCUAUGGCCGAGGCAUGUGCGAAGAUGCCUUGCAUUUUAACGGAGUCUGAAUUACUCAGAAUUUAAAAAAAAAACCAACUACGUUUCCUGGGUUUUAAAUCAAAACUACUGAGCAUUAUACAGUGGGGUAUAGUAGACAUGAAACUCCUUUUGUACUUACUCAAGAUUUGCUUUCUGUCCUGCUUUCCCCUCUGUUUAUUCCCCUACCCUCAAGAGUGCCUGGUGGACAGACAGCCUUCUGCUUUCUACAAAAUGGUCCUCCAUGUAAGAGAGAAUGUACCUCAAGCAGCAAUAUGCCAUCUCUUUCUUGUGUCUGUGUGACUGUCAAUCUGGGCGGAGUCUAUUCAGGGUAAUGUUCUCUGUAUCUAGUCCUCUUUUGGCCUGAGGUUGUAGGUCUAUGGCCCUAUUCGUGAGUAAGGAAGAUCUGGCCUUCCCUUUUAGUCCUGCCUGCAUUCCAGCAGCGACAGAGAUUUCUAUCCACUAAGAUCCAUGAAACACUAUGAAGAAACUCAGACAAAAGGAAAUGGCCACACAUCACAAUUUCUAUUCUAUAUUCUUUUGUAAAUACACAUUGUAUAGUACUUAGAUGUUUUCUUAAGUCACUUGCUGUCUUUAUGAGUUAAUGUUAGUUUUUACUCUCUAAACUUACUGUACCACAUUGUAAAUAACAUAAUGUCCUUUAUUAUUUAUAUUUAAGCAUCUAACAUAGAGAAUUGUUUUCAUAUGAGUUUAAGAUAAAUGUUUAAAAUAUAUGUUUUUCUUUGCUUUAAAAUUAUGUACCUUUUCCUUUUUCUUCCCAUUUUUUAAAAGAAUAAUUUAUUGUUCAGGAGAAAGAAUAUAUAUGUAAUUGAAACUAUUUGAAGAAUGCACAUUUGAAGGCCAUGAGGUACUGAUAAACUAAAGAAUUUAUUAUCUCAACUACUAAGCAAUAAGUAAUUGUGAUUUAUUUAAAGUAUUGUUCAUUUCCCAAGAAAGUCAUACUGCAAUAAAAAUGCUACUCUGUGGAGACAUGGGUGUGUUGCUCAGCAGACUAAAAUUCAGUCUGUUAGAGUAGCACUUUUUGCCUUGCCAGCCAUGACAGCUAUGCUCUCUAGGACUGUGCUUCAUGGACCCUGUGAUCAUCUUGUCUCUGUUGCUUUUGCCACAUUACCCAUCCGUAAAUCACCUCCCUCCUGUCUCUGUUGACCACGUCACUUCUUGCUGUAGGAAACACAAAAUCAAGCAAUAGGAUGCUCCAUUCCACAGCCACCAAAUGGCCAUUCACAGAGACAUCAGAGGGAAACACUGACUAACUCUCUGGAUCCUGAUCGUUGAUCUAUUCUUCAGUGACAUCAAGAAACUUACUCAGAUUAAUGGCAAUGACUGUGCCAAUCCUAUGCAAUCUUAAGAGGGGGAAUAAAGAACAAGCAAUCAAGGUUCAAAUGGUUCAAUGUCCACAGUAGCCUCAAAGACAUCUAUGCUAAACUUCCCUACAAUGUCUUUAAAUUUACUUCCCGUCAUGCACAGCAUUUUAUAAGACAGCUAAGGAGCAGUAACUUUGCUCUCCUCAUUCUAUUAAAAAAAAAAAGUCAAACUGAUGCCCAAUGUACUGCUCAGGGAGGGGGCCUAUGCAUGGAAUAUUUCUCACAUCAUAAGACACUUCACAGUAUGAAGGCAGUGCUUUUUAUAUUAAAAUUAACCUUAUGAAGCCAUAUUUUAACAAGUAGACACUUUGUGUGUAAUUUUUAUAUAUUUCAACCAUUCUCAUUAUCUCAGAUGGCGAGCAUUUAAAAGAUGUGUAAGAAGUCAGCCUGCUUCAGAGUUUGUGCAUAACCUCAGAUUUCCCAUCCAAGUUCACCUUUGAUGUAGACAUGAUGCCUGGUAAUUUGUUAUGGGGCACAAACAUCAUUUCCACGACAUCUAGAUGUCCAGGAGACUUGAUGUUCUGAAGCCACAUCGUGAAUGCACUUGCCCACUACUCAUUCAGCUGACAGGCCAAGCAUCAGAUCAGAAGAUGAGAGAAUACUUAAGCUAGGAUGUGGAUCCUUUCCUUGUUUAUUCCGUAGAAAUCUACAUAGUAAUGCAACCCCAUGCCCAAACUAAGCCACAAGUUACUCCAUAACUUGAAAGAGACUUGUGCACCUAAGUGGUCAUGCCAUUUCAAGCAGAAGAGUUACAUAAAGGAAGGUAAUGCAGAGAAAUGAAAACUGGCUUCUAGUCAAACCAAGAGUCUAGAUAGUUCCUAUGAUUCCCGAGUUGUGCUUGACUCCUGAGUGAUAAAUCUAAGCUAGUUCUGCCAACUGAGAAGGAAGGCGUCCAUUUUCCCCAGCCAGUCUGCAGCCGUUUCUCUUCUCCGCUCCAAUGAUAAAUCGUCAAAGGCCUUGACGUCAAGGAUUUGGGGAGGAGUCAGGCUGGCCUGCAAUCUAAACACUUAAGAUACUGGAAAAAAACAUGGCGCAUCGAUUGAUCUUAGUUAGCAUCAUGUUGCAUUUUUUCAUUCUGGAUAUUCUUCUGAAAGAUGAUGCACUAAAAAUAGCUUGUGGUAGGGACUUUAUACCUAUGAAGGGAAAACCUUUCUGUUUUAGGAAGCCGGAUAUUGUACCCUAAGAGGUAGUUGUUGGAUCAGGCAGUACAUGCUCUGUACAUAUCUGUAGGCCUUACCGAUACCCUCGUCCUGCAUUUUUCAUCUCUCUGGUUAGUUACUGCUAUUUAACUGUGGUUGACCUUAAAGGCAUACCUGCUGUAGGAAAAGGAUUUUAUUACUGUAAAAUAUAAUGACCAACCUCUUUUUUAAUAAUAAAAAUGAGAGAUAGAAUGGAGCGAUGAUUCGACCCAAGGAUCUUUCUCUAAAUUUCUUUCAAAUGAACUUAUGGGAACAGAAGUUUGUGGAAGAAAAUAUAUCUCUUCCUGCUAACUAUGUUCCAACAAGGCUAUGGAAUUAACAUUUUUACUGCCUUAUUGUGCAGUCACAUAUGAAGAAUCAAAGUACUAAGUGUCAAUAUUUUUACCGUUUAUGACUUAAAACACCCUAUAUGGUUUUUUUUUAAAUUUGCUUUAUUCUAGGAAAAAUGGUAGAGAUUUAGGCACACGGAAGUUAAACUUCAUUCUUAGAGCAAUGUAUCUACUGAGUUGUAGGCGUGUUGUGGAUAGCUAAUUUCUCUCAGUCCCUCCUUGCCAGUAGCCUCGGUAUGAUCAGCAUUUCCAUGCCCAGCUCUUAACAUAGUAUGAGUUCUGUCUAAAUCAGCUUCUACCUGGGAGGAAUAAGCCUUCCUGCCUUUGGUUUACCAAUAUUCUGGAACCUACAUUGCUUAUUGUAGCAACUGUCCAUCUUCCCUAACCUCAGCUUUCGAAGAAAAUGCAAGUCCAGCCACGAGAGUGAAUUCACAAUUUUGGUAUGUAGGUGACCAAUUCUAGUAAAAAAGAAGAGGGCCUUUGUGGUAAAAAUAAUGGUCCUACCACUGAGUUUUUGUGAAGUACGGCAGUCCUGAUGUCUUCCUCAACUCAAGGUUGUGGUUCGGUGAGAUUUAAACUGGAACACAUGCAAGGGAAUUAGGAAGUGUCUGGUAUACCGUGAGUAUUCAGAUGGCUUCCUCCACUCCUCCUCCAGAUCCUUAAGUCCAGAGAUCAACAUUUCUCAGUUUCCAAUCAAGUAUACAGAACUGCAUGAGCUGAGCAGACAGACCAUUUCACCAAUCCCACAUAAGGAAGAAACAUGCUUUUUUUAAAAAAAAAUAGCAACAAGUAAUAUGUUGAGAAGCAACAUCACCAAAUAACAUUCAAUGUAGCAGUUGUAGAAACUAAGAUCUUUGUGUAAAUUAUUAGUAGUUUACUUCUUGUGUACCCAUGCCAUUCCAUGUCAAGUCAUUAAUUUUUAAUGGCUUAUGAUAAUCUCUGAGCAUAAGGUCAUAGAAAAUGAAUACACCAUGGCUCAUGAUGUGGCCUUCACGAUGCCACCUUCAAACUACUAAUAGAAUGAUCAAAAACUUCUCUUAGCCUGGCAAACUCUCUGAUCUAUACACAUGCAUUGGCCUUAAGUUUUUUCACAUAAAGUUCACAUACAAUUUUUUGAAAAAGUAUAAUCCCAGCCAAGGCCUCCUGGGUGACAAAACUAUAUCAGACUAACACCAAGCUCACAUAUCUUUGUCGAUUCCCAUACCCACCCCACAUCUAGCCAAUUCUUUGAAGUUUCAACUUACUCUUCGCUCCCUUCAUAGAACAAGAUCUCAUCCAUAUGAUGAGUUAAUAAUUCUUAGACUAAAGUUGUUUGAAUUCAGUCUUUUAAAACUUGGUCCUGCAAAACAGGUACUUGAUUUAGGCUCAUGAUAUCUAUCAUCAUACUUGCAAAUAAGCAUCACUAAUAGCAAUGGAGUGUAAUCUAAUUGUUCAUGUAUAAUCCUCCCUUUUAAUGAAGCAUUUUUUAAAUUGAGAACAAUCGUUAACACUAGUCUAUCACAAAAAAAAACAAUGCAAAGGAAUAUUUUCUUUUCCUUUUUUUAAAAAGAGUCUUUUAGGUAGAAACUUUGUGCCUCUGAUCAUUAGCAUCAGGAAGUGAGCAUCGGUUAUCACUGUCUUUCCCUCUAAAGUGAGGGUUUUCUAAGCUUUCUAGAUCUCGGCCAGGUCCCUGGAAAUUUCCACUGCUGUGGUUACUCAGACUCUUGUGGUCCCUUAGAGCAGAGCCUAAAGUGAGUUUUUUACCCUUUUCUAGGAAGAGGCUUCAUUGGGAUAACCAUUUGUAGCUAGUAAGGUCUCCAAAUCCUCACUAACUCCUCAGCUCUCUCCAUCAUGGAGGAUGAGGAGGGGAGCGCUGCAUCUGACAGCUUGGAUAUCCAUUAACCACACCCUUUUGGUGAACUAUUGCUGCUGCACUGACACAGGCACCCUACACAGCCACAAGUGUCCCCCCCGCCCCCUUUUCAGCAUCUCCCUGAACAGAUUGCAAAAUACAAAUGUGCUACUUAUCUUGAGGGAUCAUUGCAGAUUGUUCACAUACAUCAAAUUUUCACACUGUUCCUCAUAAACAUAUGCAAAUAGUAUGUGUCCAUUAAAAUCUCUAAAAUCAUAAAACUAUACAACCUUGACACCUUGAUAAACUGAAUUUAAAGAGGAUCCAAGGCAACAUUCUUGAGCUAAGAUGCCUGUCUUGGUAGGCCCUUGGGAAAGUUUUAGGCCUGGUGGUAUGACAUUUUUUUCUGUUACUUGGCCACAGACUUUUCUCACAUGUGAAAAGACCGUAGCUCUACGGCUCGUUUGGAGAGCAGUUUGUGAGGAGCCCAUGUCUAGCCAGGAAUUAGGAGUAAGGCAUCACUCUCUUCCUGCGAAGGUGUUGACAAGAAUAUGCUGGGUAUUGCUCAGGUUCAAACCACAUCAGUUAUCAUCAAAGAAGCAACUACUGUUGGGGAAUAUCUCCACAUCUUGUCAGGAGAGGCACCUGCCACCCAUAGACUAAACCACACUAGAACAUGAUUCUACAGGUUUCCCUCCACAUCAACUGGGUGACAGAUGACUGUCAAGUCUUUCCAUCUUCUCCAUCACCUUGCUUCUUCCUUCGCUUCUUGUUCUCACCCUCUGCCACAGGGCCACCAGCACCCUGACUGACCUGCUACAUCUGCUCCCCUGAGCCAUCCUUCCUGUUCUGAUGGUGAACCCUAACUCUCAUAUCUUAGCAGGCUAGACUGCUGGAUAAACCAUGGCUCCCCAUGGACGAAACUCCUCAGCCUGACCUAAGAGGCCCUUCACAGUCUGCUUCUAUGAGGUGGCUCCAGCUUGUCUGUCAGCAUCAUUGCUCACCCCAAGUCUUGUGAUUUUCUGUUUCCCGAGUACACCGUAUCGAUGUUAUUGAAUCCCAAUCAUUGGCAUACCAACUUCAUAUAUUAUUGUCAUGUACCUCUUGUAUUAUUAUUUGCAUAUUGUUUUUGAUUGACUGCAUUUUAACUAAAAUAAAGUCAUUUCAAAUAAAA